AUGAAUAAUAGCAGAAACAAUACUGCUAGCGGUAGGAGUAUUGUAAAUAAUGGUAAUACAUCGAAUAGGAACAAUCUAGAGACUCCGAGAUCUCCAUCUAGGUCUACUCGGAAUUUGGAACCGCCCAAGUUAAACGAUGGUGGUGCAUUACCAUCGUCAUCUCCAAGACGAAGAAACCAAAAGUCGAUAUUUAGUGACAGAUAUAUUCCCAACCGUACGGGAAUAGAUUUACAGGCAGCAUUCAGUUUGUCAAAUCAGGAAAUAUUGCCAGAGAUCAAGAAUAGACAAGAUAGAAUAGACAAUGAGAUUGAAAUAAGAAAAGAAGAAGAGGCAAACCAGACAUUUUCAACGAUUUUAAAGGCAGAAUUAUUUGGUGACAAUGUACCUAUGGCAACAGCAAAUUUGAGCAAACCAGCUAAGGUGUCGAACAGUAGGCCCAAUAGCACGGGCAAUUUAAACUCUACUGCGUCGUCUUCUUCGCUACAUUCAAUUCGAUCUUCAGGCAUGCCUGAUAAUUCCAGCACUGGUGGAGAUGAGAGUACUACAGGUAAUACUAGAAUCACACCACCACGGUCUACCAGAAAUAAUGCUAGCAACAACUCCCUCGCCUCUGGCUCGGUCAAUACUACAACAAACCACGAUUCCAAUAGCAUCACCAAUACCCCAAGACAAACUGCCAAUUUGUUUACGUACCAAUCUCCUAAAAAAAAUAGGCCUGUAUCUAGAGACUUACAGAAUGAACUUUACUCGUUGUCUCCUGUCAGACAAGAAUCGCAAAAACUUUUACUAUCGCCGCAGAAGAAACCCAGAAAUAUUUCGAAAGUUCCCUAUAGGGUGCUAGAUGCACCGGAAUUAUCGGACGACUUUUAUCUCAAUCUCGUCGACUGGGGUCAACAGGACAUUUUAGCCGUUGGCCUUGGUGAUAGUGUGUAUCUUUGGGAUGGAAGCACGCAAUCGGUCGACAGAUUGUGCAAUUUAUCCAACAAAGAUAAGGUUACUAGCAUUAAUUGGAUUGGAUCUGGAACACACUUAGCAGUAGGUACACUGAAGGGUUUGGUUGAGAUAUGGGAUGCUACAAAAAUAAAGUGUGUCAGAACAAUGACAGGUCACAGUUUACGAGUAAGCUCGUUGGCAUGGAACGAACACAUUCUCUCGAGCGGUUCAAGAGACAGAACAAUUCUCAAUAGAGAUGUCCGGAUCGAAAACCAUUAUGUCAACAAGUUCGAAGCCCACAAACAAGAGGUGUGCGGUUUGAAGUGGAACGUCGAGGAGAACAAAUUGGCCAGCGGUGGUAACGAUAAUAAAUUAUUCAUCUGGGAUGGGUUGAACACAAAGCCACUAUACCAGUUCAAUGACCACACUGCUGCCGUCAAGGCCAUCUCUUGGUCUCCUCAUCAAAGAGGCGUUCUCGCAUCUGGCGGAGGAACUGCUGAUAAAACUAUCAAAACCUGGAACACCCUAACCGGCUCGUUGACAAACAAUGUGAAUACGGGAUCACAAGUAUGCAACCUAAUAUGGUCCAAAAAUUCAAACGAAUUGGUCUCCACCCAUGGAUUCUCCAGAAACCAAAUCAUUGUGUGGAAAUAUCCGUCCAUGCAGCAAAUAGCUCAAUUAACCGGACAUACAUACAGAGUCUUGUACUUAUCACUAUCACCAGAUGGGGAAACAAUUGUAACCGGUGCUGGUGAUGAAACCUUAAGGUUUUGGAAUGUUUUUGAUAAAAAUAAGAACGAUGAGCCACCCUCAUCUGUCUUAUUGGAUGCAUUUCUGCAACUCCGCUAG